CGCACUACAGUGGCGUUUAGACUGAUUGUGUUCGCGGUUGUCGUAUUCGUUAAUUAACAUUGCUCAGUCAAUUGCGAUUAAUGUAGUUAAUUAAUAAUGUUCUAAUUGUAAAUGUGUUAUACCUCAUAAGCUAAGGAUAUAAGAUAGGACAAUAAACAACAUGGCUGAAGAUCGGGGGAUUUUACGAAAGCGGAACAUACAGUCUUUAGUUCAAAAUGGGCACAUUAAAGAUGAGGAAGAGAUCAAAUCCCGUACUCCAGAAUUCACUCUUCGGGAGUCAAAUCUCACGGUUCUGUUGGAAAACGUGUCUCACAUUAGAGCCAUUUACCACAUCUUCGUGGUCAUACUGCUGAUGCUUCUGUUCGACACAGUCAUAUUCGAUCUCAUCGAGAGAGGAAAGAUAAAUGUGGGCUUAUCGGUUGUGGCUUACGGCUUCGGAGACGUGAGACGCGGCGCAAAACUGUGGCUCUACGAACUUUCGUGUGCCUUCGCUUUUUAUCCAGCAUUUCGUUUUUUUGGAGCUGGAACGCAAUUUCUUAAGAAAAAUACAGCUCUACAACGAAUAUGGACGAUAAUGGGCAUAAUUGGGCUAGCGGCUCUUCAAGUGGCUCUAGUUGCAGUCCCCGUGUGGGAUUUGGGCAAAAAGCACCUGGCUCUCGCGUCCUCUGUGACUGUCACGUGUGAAAUGUUCAGAUUUGCAAUGAAGAUCCACGCCGUGGCUGCCUCUUGCGGCCAGCGCUGCUACACUGGGCAGGCGCUACCUACCUUCAAGCAAUACCUCUAUUUCCUAUUUGCGCCUACACUCGUCUAUAGAGAUCAAUAUCCAAGGACGAAGAAAAUCCGAUGGGGCACAGUGGUGUUCCACUUCUUGGAAGUGGCGGCCAUUAUUUUUUACAACAGCUUUUUAUGGGAGCGCUUCAUUUUGCCUUACUGGUCCGAUUAUGGCAAACAGCCCAAAGUGGAAGCGGGCACGGUCGUCCGCGGCAUGUUCGCGUGCGUUCUCCCGGGCGUGAUCUCGUUCCUCUGUGGAUUCUACUGCCUGCUGCACGCCUGGCUGAACGCGUUCGCGGAAAUGCUCAAGUUCGGGGACCGAUUGUUCUAUGAGGAUUGGUGGACAAUGUCUCAGUUCUCGAAGUACUUCCGCGCGUGGAACCGCGUGGUGCACUUCUGGCUGCGGGACUACCUCUACAUGCCCCUCGCACCGCGGGCCGGCCGAGCCGUGUCUAGCAGCUGUGUCUUUAUUGUAUCAUCAGUGGCACAUGAGCUGAUACUGGCCCUGUCCUUCGGAUUCUUCUACCCGGUGCUCCUGGUCCAGUUCGGCGUGUGUGGGCUGUUGAUGUUGCCACUGACAGCCAUCAGCGGGCGCCGAUUCCCUAACGCCCUGAACCUAAUCAUGUGGCUGUCGUUCUUCUUUGGAAACGGUAUCCUUUGGAGUUUAUACCCCAUGGAGUACUUCGCACGGAAGAACUGCCCACCAAGCGAAGCCGACAGCUUCUUCAUCCCCAAGUCUUGGUCGUGCCCAGAGAUCGUGCUAAAACCCAACUGGACGUUCCACAACCCCAUAUUGUUAUAGCCCUUCUAUUAGCCUCGACGUAAAAAUGGCUACUAUUUUUCUAUUUCCACUGUCUUACAAAUUAGAUAGACUUUAUUUUGAUAAACUCUAUUUCUAAUUGACAUCAAAUUUAAAAUACGAAUUAUACAAUACAUUCUUUAUGUAGUUUAUAUGGUUUGUUUAUGUAAUUAAACAAAAAUGUUGAGAAUGAAACAAGAAAUGUUUUAUGGAAGUUUUAUUGUAAAUUUAAACAUAGGUACGUACAUAAUAAACAAUAAAGUUUUUUACGUCUAAAUAAGCGAGUGUGGUUGUAAAAUAUAUCCUUGAUUUCUGAAGUCUGGGUUAUAUUCUGAAACGAUAAUUAAAACUCUAUACAAAAUAGCACAUAUUUGAGCUUGCGUUUGCUUGAUUUAGUCUAAAUAGGUAUUAAAAUUUGACCCAAAUUAGUGCAUAUUCAUUAAUACCAGAGCGUGGUUUCAAAAUAUAAACCGUGGACAGCUUUUUCUUCAGUAAACCAAUAAGUCAUAAUAUCCAAUCACAACGUCAUGUAAUGAGGCACACAUAACGGCCUUAUGUAGAAAACCUAAAUAGGACAUAAAAUAUCCAUAACAUAACAUGGAUACAAAAAAAUACAAAUAAAAUUUAUAGAUCUCAUGCUAUACGUAUUUAUCUAUUAUUAUACGCUAGAUAAAAACUUUACCUAAAUAUUGUAGCACUUUAUAAUAUACCUUGUGAAUUCAAAAUCAUGCUCAGUCAUGUUUUUGUUGGCACUAUUUUUUUAAACAAUCAAUAUGGUAACAUAA